AGAUACGGCGGAAUAACCUCGUCUCCUCUCUCUCUCUCUCUCUCCAUCCAUUUCUGAGGACGUAAACUCCAAAGCUUCGGAAAAGGGAAGACGCAAUCGAAACAGAGCAGACGGUACCAAAUUGAAUUCCUCUUCCCCAUAGUCCACAGGCUCGAAGAAAACAGACUGCCCAUUUCGUCUAAUCAUCCCCACAUUCAUCAAGAAGCUCCAUUGCUCUGCAAGAACAGAUUUUGCUGACAUUUCCCCCCUGUUCUCCCCGAUUUCCAAUUUCUGGGCUGUUCAGCCCUCUAAUUUUAGCAGGGGAUCCUCCCCAGACCCGCAGUCUAAUUUUAGACGAACCCGUUUCCCCUUUUGUUCGUCUUGUUUUCUUGUCUUUUUUUUUUUCCCCGUCUUUCCCUUUUCCCAUCUUCGUUCCUGCAAAUUGGAAACGUCUUUGCAAAAGGGUCUGAUCGAAAACUUGUUUUUUUUUUUCUUCACGCUUUUGGGGGCAUUUCCAGUUUGGUCUGUCUCUGUUUAUCCAAGUUGGUCGUUUUAUGUUCGUUGUGAAACCGGCGAGAGGGACCUCAACUUUGAUCCGUACAAACAACCAAAUUCCAAGUUUGCCUCAAUUUACUGCGAAAAUAAGCAGCUACUCACCCACCAGGAGUCAACAAUCUUUUGGGGUAGAUAAAGGUGUGAGCUUGCUGGAGGUUCCUCCAACACCGGUAAUGGCUGUGGAAGCGAGAUCGAGCUCGGCCUCUUCGACUCUGAUACUAACCUCGGGCGCGAGCGGGCGGAUAAGCGCCCUGUUCUCGGUCCGAGCCAUGCGGAGCCUGAUGAUGCUAAUUCAUGCAUUUAUCCUGCUUCUGCUAAUGCCAUUCCGUGGCCGUCCGAAACGGGCGUCUGCUUCUUCCGGGGUGGUGGACAAGGCCACCGGGGCUCCGGAUGAGAAGAAGCAGGCGGAGGGCAGCGGAGGGAUUGCCUGGCGGCCAGGCAGCAGCGCCGUCGUCAGGGUCCCAACGCGGUGGUGGAAGGCAGCUGCAGCUGCGGUCGACCAGGAAGUGGCCACGAGGCGGGCUCUCGCGAAACGGAGGGUUAUACAAGAAGAUGAUGAUAAAAACUGUGCCCGGGAAUUUUCGCUAUUCAACACAUCCCACACCCUGUUCACGCAAUCGUGGACUCCGCUUAAUGUUAAGAUCAGGGGAUUGGUUGUUCUUUUACAUGGCCUGAAUGAACACAGUGGCAGAUAUAGUGAUUUCGCUAAGAAGUUGAAUGCGAAUGGAUUUAAGGUCUAUGGCAUGGACUGGAUCGGACACGGUGGAAGUGAUGGGCUACAUGCAUAUGUUCAUUCUCUUGAUAUUGCGGUGAAUGAUUUGAAACUAUUCCUUGAGAAAGUGUUAGCUGACAAUCCCGGCCUUCCGUGUUUUUGCUUCGGCCACUCCACAGGGGCAGCUAUUAUUUUGAAGGCUGCUCUUGACCCAAAAAUCGAGGCUCGUCUAGCUGGUUUGGUGCUAACUUCACCUGCAGUAGGAGUUCAGCCAUCUCAUCCAAUUUAUGCGGUGCUUGCUCCCAUUGUCUCAUUUUUUUUUCCAAGAUACCAGGUUGGGGCUGCAAACAAGAAGGGUAUGCCGGUGUCAAGAGACCCAAGUGCACUUGUGGCCAAGUAUUCGGACCCACUUGUUUACACAGGUUCGAUACGGGUCCGGACGGGCUAUGAGAUCCUCAGGAUCGCCUCUUUCUUGCAGCGGAAUAUAACACAACUGAGAGUCCCAUUCCUAGUCCUCCACGGAACAGCAGACAACGUGACCGACCCAGAGGGCUCCUUGAAGCUGUAUGAGGAAGCCUCAUCAGCUGAUAAGACAAUCAGACUGUUUGAAGGGUAUCUGCAUGAUCUGCUCUUUGAGCCUGAGAAGGAAGCCAUUGCAGCGGACAUAAUCCAGUGGCUCAACUCCAGGGUACAGAAUUAGCGCAGGCCUGAGAAGUCUGUAUAUGGAAAUGGAAAUUGCGCAGGCUGAGUAGAUCGGAUUGACGGGAGAGGCUGAAUAAUAAGAGACAGAUUCAGGAUCUUCUGAUGUUGAAGACCUUUGGCAUCAAUUAAUUGCUUGCUUUUCCAAUUUGAUCUCCGGAACUACCCCGGGAACGGAACCUGUACCCCGAUCAAUCAUUUCAACUGAAUGACAAACUACCAUUGUUCAUAAUUUAAGCGUUAACGCUUGCGAA